CUCCCAGGACUUGUCGGAUCAAUGGAGAGGGCGGGGCGGUCCCGGCUCAGCCUGGAGCCGAUUCAAACUGGGGCAGGUGGGGAUUGGCUGAACCGGCCGGAGAGAGGAAAUCAAGCCGCGAUAGUCGGAGGUCAUGUGAUUGGCUGGCCCAAGGCCCCGUGUCCGAUUUCUAUUGAGAAACACUGUCUGGAGUGCGGAAUCGUAAGGCUGGGAGGAACUGCUGUGUACUGAGAGGUCGUGCUGCUUCUCCAGGGACAAGUAGGAUUUGUGAGGAGCACUUGUGAGCUGCGGUUGCAAGGCAGAGUUUGCGCCCGUGGAUGGAAUUAAAAAUUAAUUGGCCAACGGCUUAAAGCCGAAAGCACUAGGUGUUUUCAGGAGGUCGCGUUUUGGUACUCUGCCUAAAACACCGAUAAAAUAGCUGAAUUUAACGGCGUAAUUGUAAUACUGAUGAUUGAACGACAGAAUAAUUUUCCAAUGGAAGUGUUAAAGGCAAGUGGCGGAGUGCUCUGUAGCUAUAGACACACCUUUAGACCAAUGAUUAGGCGAUUCCAGUAAAUAGGCGUGGUCUUUAGCUGAGCGACAGGUAAAAAGAACCAGUGACCGACGUGAUAUUUGGGCCACGACCAACUGGGAGGGCGGGUUCUCUGGAGGAGCGCUAGGAGGCGGGAAGAGGGGAAGUGGGCGUAUCUCCGCAUACCCCGGCGGAAGAGGCAGAUUCAGGAAGCCAUUACGCAGGUGGCUGGCGGUGGCUGGGCAGGUCGGGAAUGGGCCCUACGCAUUUUGCGUAGCAAGGGGGGUUACCGAAGGCCCGGUGCUUGGCCUUGCGCAAGCCCGGCCUAUCCCCCGUAGGGGGGGUGGGUGAGGGGCGAGGUUGAGAUAGAAGAGGGGGGAAUUGGGACGGUUGAGAGGAUUAUAAUUUCUUUAAAAAGAGGGGUUGGGGAGAGGCCAUGGCCGUUCCAGCCAAGAAGAGGAAGAUGAACUUCUCCGAGCGAGAGGUGGAGAUCAUCGUGGAGGAGUUGGAACUGAAGAAGCACCUGCUGGUGAACCAUUUCAACGCCGGGGUCCCUCUGGCUGCCAAGAGCGCGGCCUGGCAUGGCAUCCUGAGAAGGGUCAAUGCCGUGGCCACCUGCCGCAGAGAGCUGCCUGAAGUCAAGAAGAAGUGGUCUGACCUCAAGACCGAAGUCCGUCGCAAGGUUGCCCAGGUCCGGGCGGCGGUGGAGGGUGGCGAGGCCCCGGGGCCCACUGAGGAGGACGGAGCUGGUGGGCCUGGGACAGGUGGUGGCAGUGGAGGCGGUGGGCCAUCUGUAGCACCUGUACUGCUCACCCCCAUGCAACAGCGCAUCUGCAACCUGCUGGGCGAGGCCACCAUCAUCAGCCUGCCCACUACCACAGAGAUCCAUUCCGUGGCCCUUGGACCCACGGCCACUGCAGCCGCAGCCACGGUCACCCUGACACAGAUCCCCACAGAGACUACCUAUCACGCGCUUGAGGAGGGAGUGGUAGAGUACUGUACGGCUGAGGCCCCUCCACCCCUACCAACUGAGGCCCCAGUGGAGAUGAUGGCCCAGCACACUGACACUUCGGUCAAACCGCAGGCACUCAAGAGCCGCAUAGCCCUUAACUCUGCCAAGCUGAUCCAGGAGCAGCGAGUUACCAAUCUGCAUGUGAAGGAGAUCGCCCAGCACCUGGAACAGCAGAAUGACCUGCUGCAGAUGAUCCGCCGUUCCCAGGAGGUGCAGGCCUGUGCCCAGGAGCGCCAGGCGCAGGCCAUGGAGGGCACCCAGGCGGCCCUGAGCGUCCUCAUCCAAGUUCUCCGGCCCAUGAUCAAAGAUUUUCGCCGCUAUCUGCAGAGCAACACACCCAACCCCGCCCCUGCCUCUGACCCUGGGCAGGUGGCCCAGAAUGGGCAACCAGACAGCAUCAUCCAAUGAGGGUGGGGGUCGAACCAGUCUUCUGCUGUGGCAGUGACAUGACGUGGUCUCAUAAGUGGGAUCUGUGGUUGGCCUCCAUCUAGGGCCGACCGCCUGGACAGCUCCAUCUUCAACAGACCUUUGGGGGCCCACUGUUCAUGAGGAACAAAGGAGAUUGGGAAGGAGAACUGGCUGGACCCCUGGGACCCAAACUCUCUCACCCCCGCCACUUGAGCUGCCUUGCUAAGAACACAAAGAUUGGGUAGGUGGGGGUCAGGCCCUGGUGAUGGUGAGCCAGGGCUUGUGACACGACCCAGACCUGGGUCUCAGAUAACUGGAAGGGAGGUUCUCACUGGGGGGGGCCAUCUCACAGUUGGGGGCUGUGCUGGAAUGCCUGCAUGCCCUCCCUCGAGUAACGUGUCAGUGGUGCUGGCAGCAUGGUACUCUUCUUCCUCCCUUGGGGGGCAGUGACUGGGCUUGGGGAGGAAACCCCACCCUUUCUCCUCCUGACUGUGCCUCAGUUCUCAGGGGACUCCAGCUAAUGCUGUCCUCUCUCUCCGCCCCAGGCCGGGCACAGCAGGAGCCCUUGGCUGCCUCUGCAGUAUACCCAGGAUGCGGCCCACCAGGCUGAGGAAUGCAGCGUGUGGUGGGGACAGCCAGGCCACCAUCUGGUCUUCUGCCACAUCCUUGGGCAGCCUUUCUGUGGUCUGUCCCGAGAGCUUUUGACUCAGGUCAAGCAUCAGGCUCUGGUGCUAUAAACUUCAGAGAAAGCAAACCAGUGUGAAACUCACUGGUCCACUGCAGCGGGUCUGAGGUGACUUGUUGACUUCUUCCAGAAGGCUUGCUUCAAGCCAGGUGUAUUUAUUCUGUACGUGACCCCCUCCUGGGAAGGCCUCCAGGACCUUACUCCGAGGCCUGUUCUGGCACCCCCUUCUUCCUGUCCUCUCUACUGACUGCACAUGUCCAAAAGUUGGUUUGGAAAAAUACCUGCUCCGUUUCACAGACACCCUUCCCACGUUAUUCAGCACCCUGUGUUCCUGCAAGAUCCCCCACUGGCUGGCUGCGUGGUCCUGAAGACCUGGUUGGCCCUGAAUGUAUGAGGUGGGAGAGGCGGAUCCAGCCUAAGAUUGGGACCUUUGAAAUCUGGGCUCCUUGAAGAGAGAAAACCUCGGAGGGCUGAAGGAGGCCGGGUUCCCUAUUCCAUCCUGUUACUUUCUCCCUGUUUGCAGGGUGUUUAGCCAGAUGGCAUUUGUCUGUUACAUUUUCAGAAUCAUCAUUGGCUACCGAGACCCUUGCAUCUCCCCAAAUCAUUUCCCAUUUUGCUGCUGGGGCCUCAACCACACAUGACCAACGGUUAUGACUCGAGGCUCCAGAACUCAGCCAAACAAUGAAGGUGCUGACCUUCUGGGCAUGAACACUUAUAAUUGCUCAGCUCCACUGUUGCAAUUGCAGGAAGAUGCCCCCAAAGAUGGUUGGCAGGUGACGGCUGUACCAUCUGCCUCUCGGGGGGGACACGUGCAGUGGCCGCUACAGAGCAAUUGAGAGGAGUCAGGUCAGUGAGGAAGUUGGGUGGUGGAAGGGAAGCUCUUUUCAGUGGGGCUGGAAAGCAGCAGCCCUGGCAGCGUCCUUCCCCAGAGCCUGAUGGCUCCAGCAGGGUAGCUGCGGGGACAUCCUGAGGAUUUGCAGCUUGGUUUGAUUCUUUUCUGGGGUGGCAAUCUGAGCCAGUAUUGUGUCUGUUCCAGCUGGGUAUAAAGAAGAGGCCUGGGUCAGUUAAACUGGUUGUUUCCAGGUCAUAAUUUUAAAUUAAAGAAAUACCACUUUUUUUAA